ACGUCUCUACAUAACCCCAUUUAGUUUGUUUGCCCCACGCAAAGAGUUAACCAAACCCCCUCCUCUCUCUUUCUCUUCCUUCCCUUCUCUUUAUCCUUCGCUUCUUUCUAUAAUACACAAAGCAAAGGAUAAAUUUGUUCCUUGGCAUUUGGUUUGCCUCAAUGAAGACGCAAGUUCCAGGUUUUAGAUUUCCUAGUCUCUUAAGAAUUUACAAUUAUCGGGUGGAAGUUUCAGCUACCAAACAUCAAAUGUCUGUCUUUAAAUGUGGCGUGUGGAUUGGAUUUUUGAAGUUAAUGGAAGUAUAAUGAAAAGUGAAACAUCAGUGGAGUUCAUUUGAGGUGUUAUUUCUUCCUUCAAGCUUCACAGUUAUUCUAAACUUAUUCUCAAGGAAAAUAUUUAUUGUGAUACAUUGGACGCAUUUUAAAUUAUAUAUUCCUUGGUUGUCUAGCUACAUUUGCUGUAAUAUAUGGGCUGAGGUGCACAUUUCAUGGGAGGUGUAGACGAUGAUGAACCAGCCUUAAAACGCCUGAAAUUAGCCUCCGGAAGGUUGACAGGUCUUUCCAACGGUUCAUCUUUAACAGAGCCCAUAGUUGGAUCUUCUAGGGAUUUGAUGGCUCGUCCCCUACAAUCUGAAGGGGAUGGAGAGGUUCUUGGUUCGAAAGGAGUUAUUAAAAGAGUUGAAUUUGUCAGAAUAAUAGCCAAGGCAUUAUAUUCUCUUGGAUAUAAGAAGAGUUAUGCGCGUUUAGAGGAAGAGUCAGGGAUACCAUUGUAUUCAUCUUCAGUAGAUAUAUUUACACAGCAAAUUCUCGAUGGCAGUUGGGAUGAAAGUGUAGCCACAUUACAUAAAAUUGGUCUAAAGGAUGAAAGCAUUGUCAAGGCAGCAUCUUUUCUGAUAUUGGAGCAGAAGUUUUUUGAACUUUUGGAUGGGGACAAAAUUAUGGAAGCUUUGAAGACCUUGAGGACUGAGAUUACUCCUCUCUCCAUUAACAAUUGUCGAGUUCGGGAGCUUUCCUCCUGCAUUGUAUUUCCUACACAUUGUGAUUCAGAUGGGUCUUCGAAUCAGGGCUAUGGAAGGACAAAGUCUCGGACCAAGCUGCUGGAGGAACUGCAGAAACUGCUUCCCCCAAGAGUUAUAAUACCUGAAAACAGAUUGGAACAUUUAGUUGAACAGGCUCUUACCUUACAAAAAGAUGCUUGCAUCUUUCACAACUUAUUGGAUAAAGAAAUGUCUUUAUACUCGGAUCAUCAGUGUGGAAGAGAUCAGAUUCCUUCUCGAACUUUGCAGAUAUUAGAAGCACAUUCAGAUGAAGUCUGGUUCUUACAAUUUUCACAUAAUGGGAAAUACUUAGCUUCAUCCUCUAGCGAUCAAUCAGCAAUCAUAUGGGAGAUUGAUGUAAAUGGUGGAGUUUCUUUGAAGCAUAGAUUAUCUGGUCACCAAAAACCUGUCUCCUCUGUUUCUUGGAGUCCUGAUGACCAUCAGCUUCUCACUUGUGGGGUGGAGGAGGUUGUCAGGCGCUGGGAUGUUUCUUCUGGUGAAUGCCUUCAGGUUUAUGAGAAAGUGGGCCUUGGCCUGGUGUCAUGUGGAUGGUUUCCAGAUGGAAAAUGGAUAUUUUCUGGCAUCAAUGAUAAGAGCAUCUGCAUGUGGGAAUUGGAUGGGAAAGAGGUAGAAUGUUGGAAAGGGCAGCGAACUCUGAAGAUUUCUGAUUUAGAGAUAACGAGUGAUGGGAAGCAGAUUAUAAGUAUGUGUAGAGGAACUGCACUACUAUUACUUGAUAGAGAAGCUAAAGUUGAGAGAGUGAUUGAAGAGGAUCAAGCAAUAACUUCGUUCUCAUUAUCAAGGGAUAACAGGUUCUUGCUGGUUAAUCUUCUGAACCAGGAAAUUCAUCUUUGGAAUAUAGAUGGUGAUAUCAGGCUUGUUGCCACAUACAAGGGCCAUAAGCGUACUCGGUUUGUUAUUAGAUCGUGUUUUGGGGGACAUGAACAAGCUUUUAUUGCCAGUGGUAGUGAGGACUCUCAGAUAUAUUUGUGGCAUAGAGCCUCAAGAGAGCUUGUAGAGGCAUUGCCAGGUCAUUCGGGAGCAGUUAACUGCGUGAGCUGGAAUCCAGCAAAUCCACACAUGUUAGCAUCUGCUAGUGAUGAUCGUACCAUUCGAAUAUGGGGUGUAAAUGCCUUGCAGGUGAAGCACAAGAGUGCUCACUGCAAUGGCAUCCACUACUGCAAUGGAGGGAGUUGAAAGAUACCCAAGCAUGAUAUUUUCAGAUAAAUACUCAUUUUCCUUGACCAUUGCUUUCAUGUAUAUACUUUAAUUUGUUUCCAGCAGAUAUUCAUGUCAAACAAGCAUUGGAUGAUUUCUUUCCUUAAUUAUUAAAAGGCUAAGAAAAUAAUAAUGUUGUUGACGCAUUUAUUUAUAUGAUGGGGUGAUGUUAUUAUAGUUACAGAUUAGACGGAGUAUUGAUUCCA